AUGAAGUUCCCCGGUGGGUGUUAUUGCGGCAAGAUUCGGUACCAGGUCGACCUGGACGACAAGGACCAGGCCCGGACGAGUCUAUGUCAUUGCAGGAAUUGCAAGAAAUUCACCGGCGGCCCAUUUGGCAUCACCACCAAAUUACCAAAGUCAAGCUUCAAGAUUAUGUCGGGCCAGGACGUGGUCAAGGUUCAUGAGGCCGACAAUGGUGCCGGAGUGCUCCUGCAUCGCGAGUUCUGCUCCGAGUGCGGCAGUGGGCUUUUGGAGUAUGGGGCAAACGCGGGAGAUAACAUCUACAUCUUCUACGGCACCCUUGACCAACCCACGGAUCUUCCACCCAAAGGAGAGUUCUUCUGCAGUAAGCGGGAUUCGUGGAUGCCCGAAGUGCCUGGUAUCUUCCACAAACAAAAGAUCACAGAGUAG